UGCUGCUGCUUUGUCUCGUCUAUCACAGCGGAAUCACCUCUAUAUCCGUGUCAGGAAAAAAGGGAGGAUACAUCACACUAACAUGUGAAUCUGAGGCCAAUAAUAUUGUUCAGAUUGAGUUAUUCAAUGAGUCAGGAGAAAUGUAUAUCUGUCAGACUGAAGAAUGUAGUGAUCAAGUGUUUAAAGAAGGAGACUGUGACGUCGUCAUCAAGAAUCUGAGCUUCAGUGAUGCUGGGAAAUACAUUUUGGGAAUCUAUUACAAUAAUGAUCUGGAGCAACUAAUCAGGACGUACCAACUUCAUAUUCAUGAUGAGAUUUCUGUGAAAAUAGGCGAGGAGCUGGAGUUGGAUGUUCUGUUGUCUAAUGCUGAUAAAGUUGAGACAAACUCUAGUGGAGAGUGGAGGGAGGUUUGGAGCAGAACUGAUAGGGUUCAGAGCGAUCGACUGAAUGAAAAUGAUGAAAACCUGAUCAUUAAAGCAUUUCUGGCCAGUGAUGCAGGAACAUACAGAGUUCUGGACACUGAAGGAGAAAUCUUGAUCACGGUGACAGUCACAGAAUCAAAGGAAAAACUAGACACUGAACAACACAAGAACUGGAUUUUUCCACAUAUAGUUGUAGUGUGUUUGGUGAUUCUGUUUGGGAUUGUGAUUUCUGUCAUCAUAAGGCGACUUCAGCACAGAGGUUAUGAGCAGGGGUGGGUACAGAAAAACCCAGAGCCCCCACAGAGCAAAUCAAGAUUUGUAGCAUCUGCAGCCUUUCACAACAGCUACCCUUUAAAAAAGAUAUAUGUGAAUUAAACAUGAGACACUGUUCUUCAUCAUUACAGUAUGAUAGCGACUACAGUUUCUGGUGCAUUAAUAA